AAGAGUAAGAGAGCGAUAGAGAGACAGAGAGAGAGACAGAAAAGGAGUGAGUGGUGUUGUUAUGCUUGCGUUGUGAAUGAAGACAUUUUUCGCUAAUUAACCGAGGGAUCGUCGCGGCCCGCAAUGUCGAACCAAAUAUGUCUGAAAUGGAACAGUUUUCUAAACAACAUUGCGACGAGCUUCGAGAGCCUCUGGGAAGAGGAAGGCCUCGUCGACGUCACCCUCGCCAGUGACGGGCAAUGCCUUACGGCACACAAGGUGAUCCUUUCCGCCAGCAGCCCCUUCUUCAAGAAGGUCUUUCAGACCAACCCUUGCCAACAUCCGGUGAUAAUACUGCAAGAUGUCCACUUCAGGGAGCUGGAGGCACUGCUUAUAUUUAUAUAUAAGGGCGAAGUGAACAUAGAGCAACAGAAUUUACCGGCACUUCUCAAAGCGGCUGAGACAUUGAAAAUCAGGGGCCUGUCCGGUGGCGAUAUGUUUGCUAAAGAAUCGUACAAGAGAUUUGUGGAUCAGGAUAAUCCAGAAGUCGACGAUAUUACACCGGCCAAAAAUGAUACACCUAAAAAGAAACAAAAGGUUGGCAAGAGAGCCAAUAAUUCUAUUCUUGAAAAAGCACUGACUCCCCAGCUACCGCUGAACGAUAGCACCAGCGACACCACUACCUCAAAUGUUGAACAGAAUUUCAAGGAAUCGGAUCCAACACCUGACCCUGUUCUUCUACGACUAGAAAUGAAAACAGAGCCGUUGGAAAUCCAUGUGGAAGAUUUUCAGAAGCGUUCACCAAUCCGCAAAGAUGUGCUGGAGCGACUAGACACAGGGCAAAGUGACGCCACACAAGGAUGCUCGAAGCCAACGGUAACCGUAAUCGCGGAGGCUCGGGACACCUCGAGUCCAUCGGUGGUUUCGAAAUAUCCUUCGAGUGUAAAAAGCCCGAAUCCGCACCCAUCUAAUCACUUGAAAUUGCCAAAUGUAACCAACUCACCCGAAAAUUCAUCGACCGAUUCCCCAAUCGAUCCCCCGGAGCCAUUGACUUUCCCAUCCGAUCUAAAUCCAAAUAUAUCUCAGCCAGCUUUUCCCCCCUACAACACAACGAAUCCUAGCAAUGAUUCCGAGUCCUUUGAGGACUCUCAAUUACUAAAAGGUGGUCCCGCCUACCCUCCUUUCCCCUGCCCAUUCUGCGAUCGGGCUUACACCAGUUGGGGAUUCCGGAGGAGGCACAUCAAGGCUGUUCACACGAUAUCACCGAUGCUCAACUGCAAGUGGUGCUUACAGGUCCUACCGACGCAUGCGGCAUGGAGACGACAUGUGAUAUCUGCCCAUAACUUGUCGGCAAGCGACGCUCACAAUGGUCUAUUAAUUCUGGAGGAAGCUCAUAUGGUUUUACAAAUUGCUCAUCCUACUCGGCUCGACACUCUGGUUAACAUUAUUAAGCAAAGUUCUCAGCAGCAGGAUAACGCUCAGGGCAACAAUCAGCCCGACAAGGAUAACGAUUGAUAAAUAUAUCGUAAACUUCGCGAAUAAGGUAAUUGGCAAAUGGGAUUAUAAAAGGUAAUUUAUUUGCAUUAUACGUUAUGAAACAAUUGGGUUUAGUUUAACGCUCAAAUUAUGGUUUCUUCAGUAAUUCAUUUAUUCUCCACUCGAACCGAGUUUAGUCUUCACUCCAGCUGCGUGGAUAGAAUUUUGAACUGUUCCUGGUAUUUAUGGUACUCGAGCUUCCAUCGGCGUUGAAUAUGCGAGAUAUGAUAAGUCGGAACAUGCCGAUAAAUUCGUACCUAAUUAUAUCCAGUAAAUACGAAUGAACUAUAUUCGAUGCAUAAUGAUCAUGAGAAUUGAAAUAACCGCAACCAUGCUAUGGUAGUAUAGUAUAAUAUAAUAUGCGUGAUGUGUAGACAUAAUUUUUCAUUUAAUUUUUUCCCCUUCACUUCCGUUUGUAUUCGGCAAUUUUGUAUAACGUAUACGCGGAUACGAGUAUACCAAUUUAUACAUAUGCCAGAGAUGAAGUAAUCGGUUCAAAGUUUAUUCUAGAAGUUUUGAUGGUACGGCAUACCUACAAAUAUCGUAGCUUAUUAUCGUCUCUAUCGAACGGUGUAUAAACGUCGAUUGCUCACCCAAACGCAGGAAAUGUACAUUCAAACUUUGGAUGGUUAUUACAGCUGAAAUUUUAGCUCCGUAUCUACGGUGAAUUUUAUUGGAUUGAAAUGAUCAAGGAAGUUGUAAAUUUGCUUUUAACAUUUAAUAACGCGGAGAAGUGAAGUCUUACAAGAAUAUUUUUUUGUAUCAGAUUCGUUUAUACCUUGUAAUGACGCAGGUGCCUUUGGUUACAGAAAUUGCGUGCAACGCCGAUGCGUAAAAAACAAGAAAAAAAUACGAUAAAAUAUCUUGAAACCACUUCGUCAAACGAACGGGUAUAAGUUUAGUUAUUGCAAAUAUAGGGUUCAACGUUAACAGUGGCCUUAACAAAUCUCUUCGAUAUUAAAAUUACUUGAAGAAUAUUUUUCUUUCAAUACUCGAAUUAUUCUUGUUGUGUAAUGGAAAUUUUUGAAAUUGCAUUUUCGAAAGUUGGUUUGAAUAGCCAAUUUUUUCCGCAAUAUAAAGAUACACAGCGUCGUAAUUUAGGUGCUGCAUCAUUUGAUCGAUAUUAUGUGCAGAUAAAUUGUCUCAUUCAAUACUAGGAUUUAGUAACUUAUUUUCACCUAGCACAAUGAACAACAUUGA